CAUAUCCUUUUUUGUCAAGAGAAAAAGAAGAAAUAAAUGAAAAAAAAAGGCAACGGCUCAUAGAAGCAAAUAACAAACAAUCGCCGUCAGUGCAAAUUCAAUCAAUUCCAUCUAAAUCUUUACCAGGCAGCCACAAUGUCUGAGGAGUUAAAGGACGAGGUGGAGGCCCUCAAUUCCAUCUACGGGGACGGGACGCUACUGGCUGCAUCGGGCAAUGACGGCAGCGAUACCGAGGCCGCCGGUGCCUAUAUUCUCAAAAUUCCAGGCGAGGGGGAAACAUCUUCGCUGCGUCUUCAGUUCCCUGCCGGCUAUCCGGAUGAGCCCCCGUCUGUUCUAGGCACCCACAGCUCGGGCGGACAGAACCGGCCGCGCGGCGCCGCAGCUCGCGACCUUGAACUAUUCCGUGACGCGCUCGGCCGGGUUUUCCAGCCGGGCAUCGUCUGCCUCUUUGAUGCACUGGAAGAACUGGCAAGACUGGCCGAGGAGCUCGGGAUCAACGACACUCAGCCAUCAGAAGCGGACGAAGACGGCGCAGAAGAGGAAGGCACCUCCACGGCGCCGCGCAAGGUAUCCGCCCCGGAGGACGCCUUGGGCCCGGAGCCCCCUUGGAUCAUGUCCGACGUCUACGUGGAGAUGAAGUCGACGUUCGUCGCUCGUUGCGCCCACGUCACCUCGGCGGCCCAGGCCGAGUCGUACGUCGCCCAUCUGCUUGCGACGGACAAGAAGGUGCGCGCGGCGACGCACAACAUGACGGCCUGGCGGAUCCGGGGUGCGGACGGCAAGACCUCGUUCCAGGACUGCGACGACGACGGUGAGACCGCUGCCGGCGGGAGGCUGCUGCAUCUGAUGCAACUUAUGGAUCUAUGGGAUGUCAUGGUCGUCGUGACGAGGUGGUAUGGUGGCCAGAAGCUUGGACCUAGGAGGUUUGCUGUCAUCAACCAGGUUGCCAGAGAUUCGUUCGUCAAAGCUGGAUUAGUCCCUGAGGCGUCCGGCAAGAAAAAGGGGCCAGGCAAGUGAUCGGAUCCCUGUGGUUGGGUAUGUCACUGCCAAACGAGCAGCUUGUUCAGGGGCGAACUUCUGUUGCUUGAAUAGUGCGAAAACAUUUCAAAAAAUGUUAUUCACACGUCAAAUUACCGAGGUCCCAAUAUCUCAAUGGCUUUGGCCGACUGCUCUCGCGACAGUAUUACUGCGCCUGCCCUCGCUGUCGAUAGAUAUGACAACUCGGGGCCCUCGUCAGACAUCUCUCUCGCCAACCUCCCUGCUACUCCCGAUACGAUUCCCGUUGCCUCAAAAGGCAAUGAUGCCAAGUCCAAAAAUAUCGGCGCAAGCUCCCCUCCUGCCUCUCCAAUUAGCGACUCGCCAAACAUGGGGACUAGCGCCUUGUCGAGAAGCAACGAUGGCGGAUCAUCCUGUGCCAGCGUGACGGAAAGGAACUUUGGUUGAGUGGCCAACGCCGCAACGAGACACGUGUAGAGGCGCGUGUCGACCGUGUCAACCCAUGUCCGAUGGGAAUGCCCGUUGCUGAACCCAUUGCCCGUGUUCAUCCUACUGAGCGACGGGCGAUUUAGGUGCGCUGUUGGGGAUGCAGCCGAUAUCUCGCCGUCAAGGCGAUGCGACGAAGUCUCGUGCCCGGAGCAAUGCACCAAUCUCAGGCUGGUGUCCACUGUCGCUUGUACACUCUGUUUCUUGAGUAAAGCAAACGUGCGCUCCUGCAGUUCGUCGGCGUUGGAAGGUAAUGGAGAGUCCGGGGUGGCAUUAUCAUGCUCGUUGUAACUCCCUCUCCUGCUUACCAUUGUGCUGCCGGCACCGCUGUUGGCGUGCGAGUUCAGGUACGAGCCCAGUCCGGACCGUGGCAGCGACAUCAUGGAGGACGAGUCGCCAUUGUCGGUAAACUCGAACCCCCUGGCCAGGAGGGCUUGCACAACGUUCUUUUUAUCCUUGCUCGGCACCAAGAUAAAGUCGGAAUAGUACGUCGUGAUGAAAAAGAUGGAAAUCCCCGCGAGGGCCAGCGGCGAGGACAGGUCGACGACUCGAGACCCAGCAUCCAUGCCGGCGCUUAUAACGCACAGUGCCACAUACGACUCCUUUGAGAUGGAAACCUUCCCCCUCGCGGCCUGCUGGAGUUUUUGGAGAGCCGGCUCGAACACGCUGGUUGCCCAUGUCGUCUGGCACACGACGGAGCACUCGAUGGGUGUUAUACUGACGUUGAGGAAUGGCCGCUGGUCAUGGGGGCCAAGUUGAGACCAGCUUCGGCUCGAAUUGCUCGCGACUGGGCUACCAUUUCCCUGUUCAUCCUCUGGCUGAAGAAUAGACUCCUUUUGGGGUAGGAGAAUCUGAAGUAUUGGUUGAAGAAGUGUAGGGUAGAGGUUGAGUGGAAUAUGAAUUAGGCUGAGCUCGCCGUCCUGUAGUAUGUGGUUAGUGGCGACGAUGCUGCGUAACCUGCUGAAUAUAUCGGCAUAGAUCUUACUAGAAAUGAGACUUGAGCGUUCAUCCUGGACUUGGAGAAGGAAUGGUUCAAAUAUGACUGAGAGUUGAGUACAGAAAAAAAAUAGAUGACCAAUAACGCGGACGAUAUCGGAGGACGACGUGGGAGUCAGGUUGGAAUACCCAAUAGGUGUUUUGGGUGGGGUAAAGUGACUAAAAGAUAAGGGCUGGGGAUAGCUGAUUUCUCGGUUUUGAAGGGUGGUCGUUAUCUCUGCUUCUGGAAUCCUCUUAUUCUCUAACAACUCAUCAACAAAUUGACCUUGGGCUAGUACGGUCUAAGCGCUGAACAAGUGAUGGCUACACCAUGAACAAGAAAAAAAAACCUCUUCUC